AUGGAAGAGGUUGUGGAACAGGGGGAAAAUUGGCACAUUAGGGAAAACCGACACUGCUACACCAAACAGCACCAAGAUACUGGAGGUUGUGAGCAUAUCAGGGACUUGGCAUCUUGGAAAGCUUUAGCCCAUCUACAAACUUUGAGAAAAGGUUCAAAAGCGUACAAGGCAUAUAAUCAAACCUUGGUAGGGCUUUCUCGUGCUCGAAGGCUUGCCUAUGGGCAAUCAAUUAAGAUUCAGCUUUUUGCUGCAUUGCCUGUUAAUCAUGAAUUGGAGGCCACAUUUCUUGAUGGAAAUGGGAGAGAGACGGAAUGCAGUACAACAUGGGAUAUCAAAGCAACUCCAGCGUUCUUUUUCUUCCGAGAUGGGCAGCAAGUUCAGAAACUAGUACGAGCCAACAAACCGGACCUACAGGCUUGUGGAACUGUGAUUAUGAAUUCAAUGGCGACAUCUAAUAAAUAA